UGGCAGCAUGAGAGCAGUAUUAUGACUACGGCUUUUUUGAGAAACACUGCAACCUGGACUGUCGUGCCCAGCAUUUAAAGUGACAGUAUUCAGACCAUGGAUUUCAAGUGCCACCAAAGAUAGAAACAGCAAAGCCUGCCUUGAUCCUUUUCAUAAGGAGUGGUACUACAGAAAGAAGGGACAAGGAGCAUUUCUGCUGAAAGCUCACGUUCUGAAGAACUUUGACAGAAUUAGAGAGCACAAUGGGAAAUACUGUGAAAACGCAAAGAGCCUCUGAAGAAACAAAUGUGCUGAGCCAAGCGGAUCAGGAGAGUGAUUUCUUGGCUGUCCUCUAUGACUACCCUUCAGCAGAUAUAAGCCAACCUAUAUUUCAUGUAGGGGAAAAACUGCGUGUGCUGUCAGAUGAAGGAGGCUGGUGGAGAGUCCAUUCCCUUACAACGGGUCGAGAAAACUAUAUCCCAGGGAAGUAUGUAGCAAAAGUCUAUCAUGGCUGGUUAUUUGAAGGUCUGGGAAGAGAAAAAGCAGAGGAACUUCUACAGCUACCCAACACCAAGGUCGGCUCCUUCAUGAUCAGGGAGAGUGAAACUAGGAAAGGGUUAUAUUCCUUGUCAGUGCGACACAGGCAAGUGAAACAUUAUAGGAUCUUCCGCCUUCCAAAUAACUGGUACUACAUCUCUCCACGCCAAACCUUCCAGUGCCUUGAAGACCUUGUGAAUCACUACUCAGAAGUUGCUGAUGGUCUCUGCUGUGUCCUUACAACACCUUGUCUUACCCAGUGCACUAACAUGAACAGCAAAACGGAUCGAGUUCCUCCUGUGGUGAUGCGGAAUAAAAACUUCAACUGGAGAAAUAUUCACAGGCUGGAGAUGACUGGAGAUACCGAAAGCACCUUGGCGGCAAUGGAUGAUUCAUGUCUCAGUUAUGGCCUGAGGGAGAGUAUUGCCUCUUACCUCUCCUUAACAGGGGAUGACAAUGUUUCUUUUGCAAGUACCAGAAAGAAGAAAGCCCAAUCUCUUAUAUACACUGGGAGCAAACGCAAAAGUGUCCUUCACUUGCCACCUACAUACUAUGAAGACUAAAUGUAAGAAAACUAGGAGGAAGAACAUAUCAAACAAUCUGAGUGGUUCGAAGAGAAACCCAGCACAUCUUGUGGUCCUGCAGUCCUUCAACAGCUGAGAGAUACCAGCACACCGGCCGAUGAUCAAACGCUGGCAAUGCUGCUGUAUUUCCUCUUAUGAAUGUUAACCAGAGACCUGAAGGAUGCUGUUUCAGCCAUGACAUAUGCUGGGAAUGUUCCCAGUGCACCUGAAAUUAGAACUUGCUCACAAGCAGGAUAAACACAGAUAGACAAGUCAAGAGCCGAGUGAGGCAGAUGACUCUUCAUAAAGAGUGAUGUCCAUCAUAUAAAGUUACUGCACAGGAGAAGACUAACUACAGCUUAAGUAGUAGCAUGUAGUUCAACUGCAAGUAAUAGCUUACAGUGUCACAAAGCAGUGACAAAUUUAAGAACAGGGUUAACUUACUGAAAAAAGAGUUCCUGCUUAGACCUGAGCUGAGCAUACAGGUAUAUCAAAAAACAUAACUCAGCUGCUCAUAGUCUAGUAGAUACACAGCAGAGAACGCAGGGGUAAGUGAAAAAUAGUGGCAAUGUUGUGCCUAACUAUGAAGGCAGACUUGCAAAGGUAUGACCUUUUAUGUGUAGAGGACCAGAUUGUAAUCUCCCCUCCUGAAAGCACUUCCUUAUUUAUGUAUAAUAUUUAUAUUAAGAGCAUCCUGUUUUAAUAAUUAAAUCAAGAGAGUAAGUCAAAA